AUGUCUAAAUCUAGCAAGACUGGGGUUCUCGAAUCUAAAAAGAUGAGUGCUGAGCUCUUUUCCUUAACUUAUGGGGCUCUGGUCACUGAAAUGUUGAAGGAUUACGAAGACCCUAAGCAAGUCAACUUGCAACUGGAUAAGAUGGGGUUCAACAUGGGUAACCGUUUGGCAGAUGAUUUCCUUGCCAAGAAUUCUCAUGUACCGAAAUGCACUGAUUGUCGCCAGUUGGCUGAUGUGAUUAGUAAGAAUGCCAUUCCAAGCUACUUAGGCGUUCCUGCCUCUGUAACUAAUUGGGGAGCCGGUGAUCGAGAGUUUUCUCUCAUUAUCGAGAAUAAUCCUCUUACAGAACUUGUCGAGGUACCAGCUAACUUGAGUGCUUUAAGUUAUUCCCAGAUUAUCGCGGGAGCCAUAAGAGGAGCCUUAGAAGCAUUGCAUUUUAAGGUGUUCGCCAGUGCUAUUGAGAACCCCACUAAUACUGAAAUCCGCAUUCGAUUUGAUGGAAUCCUGAAAGACAAUCUGCCUGCUGGAGAGGAUGAUUAA